AUGACUACAGGUAGCAAAGAAGCACACUACUCUGCGACGUCUUCGGGCACUUCUUCUACACUAUCUCUAUCCUCUGCACCCUCAUCCGUCACACAGGAUUCCUCGAAAUAUGCCCUGUACCCGUACGAAGAAGCUGCCAAGGAAAGAACUCUCGUUGAUAUCUUUGCUGCUUCCAGCAAGUUGUUUCCAGAAGAACUUGCGCUCGAUAACGGCUCCGAUAGUUUGACCUAUGCCGAGUUGACCGACGCUGUUGGCAUCCUCGUCGAUCGGUUGCAUGAAGCUGGCAUCGGCCCUGGCGAUAGAGUUGGCAUCCGCGUCACCUCUGGCACAGCAGAGCUAUACGUUGGCAUCCUGGCCAUUCUCAAAGCCGGAGCUGCUUACGUUCCUGUGGAUGUUGAUGACCCCGAUGAGCGCGCCAAGCUCGUCUUCUCCGAAGCAGCCGUCUGCGCUGUCAUUACCGACCACAAUACAAUUACACUGCAAGACACGAAGCCAAUCGGCAACACAGCAUCACGCAAAUGUCCUUGUCCUGACAAUGACGCUUGGAUCAUCUUCACAUCUGGCUCGACUGGCAAGCCGAAAGGCGUCGCCGUCACGCAUCGCAGCGCAGCUGCCUUUGUCGACGCCGAGUCGCACCUCUUCCUCCCCAAAAAACCUCUUGCCCCGGGUGACCGUGUCCUUGCCGGCCUAUCUGUGGCUUUUGAUGCCUCCUGUGAAGAGAUGUGGCUAGCCUGGCGCCACGGCGCGUGUCUCGUGCCGGCGUCGCGCGCGCUAGUCAAGGCUGGCGCGGAGCUGGGCACGUUUCUUACCGCCCAACGCAUAUCCGUCGUUUCCACCGUGCCGACGCUGGCGGCGCUGUGGCCAACAGAAGCACUUCAUGGGCUUCGUCUACUGAUCCUCGGCGGCGAAGCGUGCUCCCCCGAGUUGGCCAACAGGCUCGCUGGCGCCGUCGGCGCCGUUUGGAACACCUACGGCCCCACCGAGGCGACGGUAGUCUCGUGCGGCGCCCCACUCACCGUCGGCGAUCCGGUGGUGCGGAUCGGCCUGCCGCUAGCCGGGUGGCGGCUGGCUGUUGUCGGAGCCGAUGGCCAUCCCGUCCGCUGGGGCGAAGAAGGCGAGCUUGUCAUUGGCGGUGUCGGAAUGGCUCGCUACUUGGACCCCGAAAAGGACAAGGUCAAAUUUACACCCUCCCCAGCCUUUGGCGGCGAGCGCGCCUACUGCAGCGGCGACUUGGUGCGCGCCGAAAGGGAAGGCCUCUUGUUCGUUGGUCGAAAUGAUGAGCAGAUUAAGCUGGGUGGCCGGCGCAUUGAGCUCGGUGAAAUUGAUGCGGCGAUGAUGACAUUACCUGGUGUGAAGAGUGCUGCUAGCGCCAUUCGGCGCACCGACACGGGCAAUCAGGUCCUCGUCGGGUAUGUGGUGAGGGACAACAGUGCUGCCACCACGUCUGAUAGGACCUUUCUGAAGCGUGUUUUACCGCCAACUUUAAUUCCCAUGCUCAUUACCGUCGACAAUAUCCCUGUUCGCACUUCUGGCAAGGUUGACCGCAAAGCCCUUCCGUGGCCACCGCCCGAGUCAUCCUCGGCUGCAACUGCCGAGGGAACUACCAUGGGCUGGGUGUCCAGCCAGUGGCGCGCCGUUCUUGGUGCAUCUGGCGCGUUACCAGAGUCCAACUUCUUUGAGCUCGGUGGCACCAGCCUGGCCGCCGCGCAGCUGGUCUCGCAGCUGCGCCAGAAGUGCCACACCUUGUCCGUGGCGGACGUCUACGAGCAUCCAACCCUGUCCGCCAUGACAGAGCGCAUUGACGAGCUGCUAGGCACCACGAUCGUGAUGCGCGAGGUCAAGCUCAGCCCCCGCUGGGUCAUCUUUAUCCAGAGCAUCGUGCUCAUUGCCGUUUUUCUCAUCGAGGGCCUGCGUCUCAUGAUGCCGCUGUUCAUAUCCCAGAAGAUUUUCCAAGCACUCUUUGAAGGAGACUAUUGGGCGACGAGACACACGCUGCCUUGGUCCGCUGUGGCUGUGCUCUGGGUCGUCUUCAUGACGCUGCCGGGCCGUCUCCUGACGACUGUCUUGAUUGUGCGCUCCAUCACCGUUGGCAUUCGUCCGGGCGAGUAUCGCCGCGCCGGCCUGACGCAUCUCCGCCUCUGGACAGCGGACAGGGUUGUUGGACUUGGCAGGCUGACGGCCAUGGCCGGUACCAAUUGGGCCCGGUGGCACGCUUGGCUCAUGGGCUGCCAUGUCGGUCGCGAUGUGCAGCUGCAUACCCUCGCGCCUACGACCGGACUGGCUAGCUUUGGCGACGGCGCUGCCCUGGAGCCCGAGGUGGACAUUGCCGGCUACUGGCUCGAUGGUGACGUGUUGCAUGUCGGCAGUAUUACUGUAGGCGAGGGUGCCAGAGUCGGAGCGCGCACCAUGCUCAUGCCCAACUCCGUUAUCGAGCCGUAUGCCACUGUUGAGCCUGGUCUUUCUAUCCAGGGCACCGUCAAGUCACCCCUUCCACCGUCGGCUUCCUCGUCGGACCAGGGAUCCAACCCCGAUAGUUCAUUCAAGCCGACUCCGGGAAGCUUUCGCAUGGCUAUUCUCUAUACUCUUGCCCUCAUACUCCUCGACUUCAUGGCCGUCUUGUUGUAUGCUCCCAUUUGGGGUCUGAUGCCUAUCAUUGUCAAAGAAUACACAAAUUUCAGACAGCUCAGCAUUGGAAUUAUUGCAAUGACGGCUCCCGGAACAGUCUUUGGAAUCUUUCUCUACACCGCUGCUGUUGUCCUCAUUGUGCGGCUUGCCAACCUCGGCAUUCGCCCUGGCUCGCACUCGUGGAACAGCUGGACUGCGUUUUGCGCUUGGCUUAUUCACUUCCUCAUGAUGGACAUUCGCACGAGCAUGUUUCCCAUGUUUGCCAGCUUAUUCACGCCCGUCUGGCUGCGCCUGUUGGGUGCCAAAAUUGGCCGCAACGUGGAGUCGUCUACCGUGGUCCCCAUGCCGUCUCUUCUCACCGUGCAUGACAAUGCAUUCCUUGCCGACGACGUGCUUAUUGCGCCAUAUGAGCUCAGCGGGGGACGCAUGCACCUCGGCCCUGUGACGGUUGGAAAUAAGACUUUUCUCGGCAAUUCUGCGAUUGUUGACCCAGACAUCAGCGUCCCUGCCAAUUCGCUCAUUGGUGUGCUGGGCUCUGCGCCGGGUGGCCUGGGCGAGAAGCAGAUGCAGGCUGGCUCCUCGUGGCUUGGUCGCCCUCCUAUGCCACUUCCUCGCAAAAUCGACUCCAACAUUGACAAUGCGCUCACUUUUGCACCCCCGAAGAAGCUGGUCCUUGCUCGGGCUCUAAUUGAGUCUUGCCGCGCCAUCCCUCUUAUUCUCAAUGGCUUCAUCCCCUCCAUGGCAAGCCUCGGCACGCUUUGGUUCUUGUGGCGGUUUGGCAUUGGCUGGGCCAUCCUCGCAUCUGGAGGGUUUCUCGUCGGCACUGCAUUUAUUGCCGCCAUCAUCACCAUUGCCGCCAAGUGGCUCGUGACGCCCAACGUCAAGGCCGGCAGCACACAUCCGCUCUGGAGCUCAUUUGUGUGGCGCAAUGAGCUUGCCGACUCCUUCCUGCAGUCCAUGGCCGUUCCCCUCAUGGUGCGCUACUUUUACGGCACCCCUGUGCUGGCCAUGUUCUUCCGCGCUCUCGGUGCCAAGAUUGGCCACGGUACGUGGAUCGAGAGCCAUCUACUACCCGAAGCGGAUCUCUGCAUCGUUGGCAACGGCGCUACAAUCAACAGAGGUAGCUUGCUGCAGACGCACCUGUUUCACGACCGGCUGAUGCGUCUGGAUGAGGUCCAGCUCUGCGAUGGUGCUACACUGGGUCCCCUCACAGCGUCGCUUCCUGGUACUGUGAUUGGUGCCGGCUCGACAGUGUACCCGGUCUCGCUCGUGAUGAGAGGCGAGCAUCUACCGGGGAGUACACAAUGGCGAGGCAAUCCUGUGCGACCGUGGAGCGAGGGCACAGACGAGAAAUGGGUGAACAAGGGUUCGCGAAGUACGAGCUGGGACUCGCCGACGCCAGUAUAA